AUGCCAACCGCAGGAGACACCGACCAAAACGCUCCGAGUCCCGAGGUCGCACCAGGCCCAAGGCCCCCACAGUCCGCGCUGCCGCUUGUCUUCUGCCGAUUGGCGGUCGCGGCGCUCGUCUCGAGCCCGAGAUGCUGCCGCUCAAGUCUCUCGGCGUGCGGUGUCGGGUAUGCGUUAUACGUCCGUGCAAGGAGCUGGCUGCAGCGCGUGGUCCGUCCGAUCAGCCUUUUGUCGCGGGUCGCCGAGUCGGGGUCGUUGUCGGAUGGAGGAGGUGGCGAGGACGGCAGCGACAACGGCAGCGGCAGCGGCAGCGGCGACGAUGAAAUUGAGCCAGGGCUGGCGGCACUGGCGCUGGCAGCUCGAGGGAGGGGUUCUCGACGGGUGAGGCAGGGGGUCGCCGUCUGUGCUGCAUUCUUUAUCGCGCUCCUAACGCCCACCCUUGACUGCCACUGCAACUGGCGGACAAAGGCCCAACACCCUCCCCGCGUGUUGGUGCGGGCUGGUAUGGGCAGCUAA